AUGGCAGACUUCGGAACCGUCGUCGGCGUAAUUGCCAGCAUUCUCGGCAUCAUCACGGCCUGCUUCGCCUCCUACCUCGCGGUCACUCGCCCUACCGGUCUCAUUGAGACGGCCGAGCGCGUUCGACUCGAAACCAGGGAGUACCUUCAGAACGUUUUCGCCGAUGGCCUUCUCGAGGAGAGAUUCCUUUUCGAGGUCAGUAAGAAAAUCAGCAGCAUCGAACUGGAUAUAAUGGAACUCCAUGGGGUGUUGUAUGACGCUCGUCCGUGGUACAAGAGUUUGAUGUUCUGGGCCACGACGUGGAGAGAGGUGCGAAUCGCCUGCCACAACCUGAAGCAAGUUCAGGCGGAUAUAGCUUUCCACGCAUCCAAGGCUCGCAAAGAGCUGCACAACAAAGCCCCAGGCUGUGAACAAGACCCUGAAUCUGCGCAGUCUGAAGAACUCGUCAUCGACGACGAUGGCAAAACCACGACGUUCGACAUACUCGACCAGCUCGAAUGCGGUACGCUCAACUCUCCGCCACCAUCGAGCGCCGAUAAGCGAAGCGUCGCAUCCCGUCUGCGCAAACACGUUCUCGUGAUGACGAAUCUCAAGCGGUGUUGGUCGACGGUGCGCGCCAAGGUCGGGGCGUCACGCACCAGCAAGCACGAGACUACAUCCGGCGAGGCAGACAAGAGACACGGCACCCGUCGCCGACGACUCACUGAAGCCACUCUCGUCGACCCUUUCGAAGCCGCAUGCGUUGAGAAGAAGGACGACAGUGUCGCGUCACCACUCCCACGCCCAACUCCGUCUCCCAAACCUUCCUUCCCGCUUUCCGCGCCUCCUUUGUCCCCAGCUUCAGAUCCUCCCUCUAGUCUUGUUUGCCAUCCGCCGUCUCCGCCGCAGUGA